GGGGGAAUGCAGUAGACAUGACCAAACCGGACCGAGUUCCUGUCGAUCUCCGUCGGACCAAACCAAAGCUGUCGCUUUCCCCACUCACUGUGGCCGCCGGAGUCCCCAAUGCCGCCGUCGGCCGCCGCGGCCAGGCACCCAAGGGUGCUGCUGCCCUUCACCUCCGACACCCUGCGCAUCCCCGACGAGCUCGCCGCGGAGGUCGGCAGCGAUGAGGCCCUCGUCGUCGGCCCCACCGGCGGAAAGGCCAAGCCUUGGCGCGUCGAGGUCGGGUGGGACGGCGAUGGCGCGUUCCUGGGCCGUGGGUGGCCAGGGUUCGCGGCCGCGUGCGGCGUCGCCCCGAGGUGGCUCCUCGUCCUCCGCCACCGCGGCCACGGCGUGCUCUCCGUCAAGGGAUUCGACGCCGACAGCUGCCUCCUCAGGGAGCACGGCGCGCGGCCGCCACCACCAUCAGCAGCAGUUGAAGCAACCACGGGCAGCCAGGACACUGCCCGUAAGCUGCAGUUCCUCAGAGUGCUUCCAAAAGAUUUCAGGGAAAAGAUGCUAAUACCUGCUAAAAUUGUGCAAUACAUCCCCAAAGAGCAUUUGGACUACCGUAAGGCCAUUGUUUCUGGCCCCCUUGGCAAAGUUUCUCCCAUCGAGCUCGAGAUGAAUCAGUCAGGAGUGUUCUUCAGAGGUGGCUGGUCACAGUUUCUAGUGCUUCAUGGCAUCACUGAAGAUAAUUCUUUGCUGUUGAGGUAUGAGGGCAACAUGAUGUUUACAGUCAAGGUCUUUGAGGCAGACGGACACCAGAGAGAGUCUAAACAUAAGGACAUUGGAACGCAACAAGUAUCAACAUUACCAGAUAUUCGAGAGCGGCAGGAAGAAUCAUCUGUUUCCAUUCAGAAGCGUUGCAACAGUAAUUGGCUUAACAACGGUGGACAAAAGAUGCAAAAAGGUCCCAUUACUCGUCUAAAGAAGGCACCAUUAUGGAGGAAAUCUGUCUUCAAGAUUGGGCCGCCAUCAUGGAUAAAGAAGGAGAUAAAUGCCAACUCACUUAAAAGGGAACUUGCUUUGUCAGCAGCUUUCUGUGGUGCAAUUGGGCUGCCGGAACAUUGCACGAUCACGCUCAAGACCUCAAUGAGCAGUACCGAAUCCUGGCAGGUGCUUGCUCUCCCAUCGAAGAAGGGGAGCUACCAGCUUAGGAAUGGUUGGAUGAGGUUCUGCAAGGAGAACAGCCUCAAGAUAGGAGACAUCUGCACCUUCAAUGUCAUCGAGACCACAAUGUGGCACGUUGUUGUCACACGGUGUAAGGAAAAGAUGAAUCAGCUCUGUUAUCAGGAAUAUCCUUCUAUUUCCAGUCGGAUGCAUAUGAGCAAGAGCAAGUGGCCAAGAAGUAGAAGGAACAAGAGAUCAAAUGGCUCCAGGAGUUUUUUGAACAAGACAGCAUUUCACAGGAAAUCUUUCUAUGAGAUUGGGCCCCCAUCUUGGAUAAAGAAAGUGAUCAACGCCCACACCCUUGAAAAGUAUCUUGCUUUGGCAACAAGUUUUUGUGAUGCGAUUGGGUUGCGGGAAUCAUGUAUGAUCACACUUAAGACGACAAUGGACAGUACCAUAUCUUGGCAGGUGCGUGGUAUCUCAAUCAAGAAUUGUCGCAGCUACCUGCUUAUAAAGGGCUGGAGGAGGUUCUGCCAGGAGAACAGUCUCAAGAAAGGUGACAUCUGCACCUUCAAUGUUAUCGAAACCACAGUUUGGCAUGUCAUUAUCACGCGCUAUAAAGAAAAGAUAGAUCAGCCCUGCUAUGAAAAACCUUCGGCUUCUAGUAUGAAGCGUAAGAGAGAGGAUGACAGGUCAAUUAGUGAAGAACAAAAGAGGCCAAAAGGCUCCAUGACUUCGUGGUGCAAGGCGUCAUCAAAGACAGGAUGCAUCUUUGAGAUUGGACCACCAGCUUGGAUAAAGAAGGAGAUCAAUAUGUGGGCAAUUAAAAAUCGUCUUUAUUUGCCACCGGUCUUCUGUAAGGCGAUUGGAAUCAGGGAACCUUGCAAGAUCACCCUCAAGACCUCAAUGAGCAGCACCACAUCUUGGCAGGCACGUGUUGUUCCGUACAAUAGGAGCAGCCACCAUGUUAGUGGUCUCCAGAGGUUCUGCCGGGAUAAUGGGAUCAAGGUGGGGGAUGUGUGCACCUUCAAAAUCGUUGACACUACCCUGUGGCAUGUCAUCAUCGAGCCUCGGUAACCUAGUACCAGUUAGCACAUCAAUUCACCUGUGUUUUGGUAUCUGUUGUUAAAAAAACACAGGAUGUUACUGUUCGUAGCAUUGGAUGUACAGGUUUUACCGGUACCUUGACUUGUACUGUUAUAAAUGCUUGAUUGGAACACUUCAGGGAGAGGUCCUGUCUGCAGACUCAGGGUGCAGUUACAAGAUCGAUGUCAUUGGCUUAACUUCAUCGAAUUGAUUAACUUAGAUCGGGUGGUGAUGGAGAGGAAGUUUCAGGUUUGUAAGCUAGCUAAGAUUCAGGUUCUAGCCAAGGUUGAACCUUAGAGAGCAAUCAGAUGCAGCAAAGGUCAAAGUUCACGUUGUUUGUGAACCUACUAUGAGGCUAGAAGUUCGGUUUCAUUGUGGUGGCUUUGAA